AUGGCUACCACCAAAACAUUUGACAAACUUGCCGCCUCAAUUUCCAAAAAUGCGGCCAUCACAGCGGAAUAUCUACGUGAGAAUAACCUCCCGACACCUUCGCUCGUAGACGGCCAAACUCUUGAUACCAAUUCCCUUCCUCAAGAGAUCCAAGCGGCAUGUCUUUCGCUGCAAAACGACUCGCUCGAGCUUUACGAGUUAAUUCAAGGUCCUCGAGCCAUUCUGAUGAACUUCUCAACCAACGCCAAAGUAGACGCCGCCACUAUUUUCCAAUUCGCGCUUCCACAGAAGGUUCCUCUGAAUGAUUGCGACGGCAUCACAUACGAAGAGCUUGCGCAGCAGACAGGCCUGGCACAAUCCGCUCUAGAAACAAUUCUACGUGCUGCUAUCCUGUGUCGCGUCUUCCGCGAGCCUAGCCAGGGCCGCAUCGCGCAUUCAACGGCGAGUCGUCUAUGGGCGACGGACCCGGCCAUAAACGACUUAAUAGGUCUGAAGAUCUUGGACAAUGGUUUGCACGUCCGGUUCAUUGCGAAAGCUUUAGAGCGCAAUCCAAAGGCUGAUGAGCCGGCCGACUCGGCGGCAAGCAUUUUGCAUGCUGCACUCGAGGGUAAGCAGCAAAGGUCGACAUGGUUUGACAUUUUGGAACGCGAGCCCGCAAGGUCGGGCCGCGCACUUACAGCCAUGAACAUGAUUGACAAGCGAGAUGGCGUGUCGUUGAGGCACUUGGUGAACGGGUACGACUGGGCCUCGCUGCCUGAGGGUAGUCUUGUUGUUGACCUUGGUGGUGGGCAUGGAGAUGCGGUAAUUGCGAUUGCAACUAAAUUCCCGCACGUGAGAUUCCUCGUGCAGGUAAGCGGCCGGUAG